CGGGUGCGCCGUGCGUCAAGUUAUAAACUUUUAUACUUUACUUGACAAUUCACAUUUCAGUAGCAUCGCGAAGCUGGAAGGUUGUCAAUACAUUUACGUUGUUGAAUUUACAAAUAUUUGUUAAUAGCUACUUUGUUAUAUUACAAUACGUAAAUUUGUUAUUUCUACACCAAAGAGUGUAUGUUUAAAAACAGUGCAACCGUUUAAAUAACUAAUAAUUAUAAUACAAAUUUAUUAAGUGUUCCUCAAAAUGGCAUUAAAGUUUUAUGUUACUUUUGCAUUUUUAUGUAUCGUGCCCAUAAUUUACGCUUGUAACGAAGCAAUAUGUGCAAGUGUUGUUUCCAAGUGUAUGCUUACUCAAUCUUGCAAAUGUGAUCUCAAAGAUUGUACUUGCUGUAAAGAGUGCUUCAAUUGCCUUAGCACAUUGUACUAUGAGUGCUGCAGCUGUGUUGAUAUGUGUCCUAAACCAAAUGACACUCAAACUGAGCUUUCAAAAUCAUCAUAUGUUGAGGAGUUACCAGACAAUGUACCAGGCUUGUUUGCAGCCCUAACUGGAGAACCUGACCCUCAGCAAAGAUGGUUAUCGAUAACAUACCCUGUAGACCUUGAUAUCUCCGCAUUCCAACCAGCUGCAGAGAGGCAGUUGGUGUAUCAUCUCCAAAGUGUGGAACAAGAUUCUGAGCCGGUUAGUCGUGACAUUCUCACUUUUAACUGUACUGUGGCAUAUAUGUCUCAAUGCAUGUCCUGCUCCAAGUGUAAGGCAUCUUGCAGAUCAAUGGGCUCCAAUAGCUUUAGAUGGUUCCACGAUGGAUGCUGCGAGUGCGUGGGCGAUAAAUGUAUAAAUUACGGGAUAAACGAGAGCAGAUGUCUGGCAUGUCCAGGUGGUCUGGAGACUCCGGAGACUGCGGUAGAUGACGACCUCAGUUACGACGAUCUCGACUAUGGAGAGGAAGUCGACGCCCAAUCAGUUUGAAUUAGGUUUUAAUUUUACUGUGUAGUAGUAAGUAGAGAGCUUUAAUUUUACUGUAAUCUGUUAAGCCAUUCUCAACACAUACUUACGUAUUAUAUACGAAUAUUAGAUAAAAAGAAAUGAAUUUCUUAAUAAUUUUUUAUAUCAUUUUUAAAAUUAUAAUGUAAAAUGAGCCAUGAUUUUGUGUGAGCUAACAGUUUCAUCUUUCCAGAAAAGAGCGUGGCAAUUGCUUAACGGCAAUGCAGACCGAGUUUAUUGUCAAUCUGUAUGUGUAAGGACACACACACAUUGACAAUAAACUCGGCCAAUGUGUGUGUGUGUGCAGCAAUAUCACUAAAUAUCUCGAUAUUCUAUCGAAAUAUAGAUGAGCCUCCUGCCAGUUUACCCCAUUCUAUAAAGAUAAUGGCUAUAAGAUGGAAUAGUUUCCGCAAACAAUGGAAUACAUAGAGAUAGUGUAAUUGUAUCGUUCCUUUCUCUCAUUACAGCGAAUAAGUAAUUGUUAGAAAGAGACGGAAGAGUACUGAGGGACUCUGCAAUUAGCCUCUUUCUGAGUUUUUCUGUCCGAAGAUAUAUUUAAUUAAUUUCCCGAACUCCAAAAAUUCUCGAAAUUAGUUUCAUUAGCUGUCAAAUUCUUUUAUAUAUAAGAUUUACCAAGACUCGAACGAUAUUGGGACUCGAGAUACGACUUAAAACAAGGGCCGUAGUGUUUAUGAAUAAGGCUCUAGAAAUCGUUAAUCAAAUUGAAAAUCUUACUGUAAAAUAUUUUUUUCUAAAUUUUAAUGAAAAUGAGAUUAUAAUUUCGGAUAAGACAUAUUCUUUUAUAUUUUUAUACUCAAUAUUCACAAAUCCAGUUAUUACUGUUAAUUUAUAUAUUUAAGUAAAAAUCAAGAGAUUCGAAACUAAAUUUACUUGUAUUAUUAAUAUUUAACUUUUGAUAAGUACUUCAAAACAAAGAAUGGAUGAAAUUGUAUAGGACUUUGGUCUAAUUUGCCACUUUAACUUUCGAAUUUUAAUACGCAUGACCAAUAUAUGAAGUAUGAUUGCAUUAACAUGUGCCACAUUAUCUCCAUUACCCGUUCAUCCGGAUUUACCCAUUUCGCGAUUUCAUGUUACAUUUUACAAGGGGCUGUUAGACAAGAUUUAAAAUCAUUAUUAUAUAAUAUUCAUAAUAUCAAAUAAAUACUUAAAUAUUCAUAAUUUUAAAAACCCGCCAAAACUAUUAUCUAUGCAAGAUGGCGUCGCACCCUGCUGUAAACAAACGUCCAGAUUUUACGUGUUAAUUGUCAAACUCAAACUCAAAAUAUCUUUAUUCAUAUAGGUAAACAAGUAUGUACACUUUUGAACGUCAAAAAAAAUACAAAUUAAAGCAAUUGUAAAUUUACUACCUGUUCGGAAGUCAAUUGUCAACUGUCACUCCUAAAUUACACAAAUACAAUUGUAUUUUGAUCAAAAACAGUCUCGAAAAUUUAGGUCCAAUGAAAUUUAGACAAGUGAUUCCACUUAUUUAUUCAGUCUCAUUGCACGCUUAAAUGAAGCACUCUUUCUCAUUCUGUCAUUGUGUUUUACGCUGUGAAGAGAUUUGAGUUCUUUACUUGAAUGCUGCAAUACGACAAAUUUAUUUUUUAUAUAAACAUAAUUUAAUAUUGAUUUUUUUACUUUAAUUAAGAAUAUAAUAAUACAAUAAUUUGAAUCUCAAUCUAUGAAUUUAAUGUAUAAUCCAGAUAUGUCAUAAAUAUUUAUUAUAUUUAGUUUUAGUUUGUCCCAUCAAUCAGCGUUCCAUUCCUUAAAAGGCCAGCAUUCAAAAUGACCUCCUGUCCCAUAAAAAAAUUAAUCCUUCUUGAAAUUUAAAAGGCAAAAAGCCUUUUAAAAUAUCACAAAGUAACUAACAGAUUUACUAUUAUAAUAUUUUUAUGUAAUAGGAAAAUCUCUACUACUAAUAUAAAAUAAAGAUUGCCUAAGUAUCUGUUAUACCGGUUAUAUAAUAAACGUAAUUAUUAUUAAAUAAAAAAAAUACAAUGUUUUAGUCAUGUGUAUUACUAUAAUUGAUGUAAUUUGAAAAAUCAAAUUAAAAGGAUUUUAAAUUUAUAAAUAAGCUAGUAUAUUUCCGUCCGUGUUGAUCUUAGUGUUAAGUUAUAUAUUUUUUAGAAUUUUUAUAGCGAGAUUCUAAUCUCCAAGUGCCAAUUGUCAUGUACAAAUUAUAGCCAUUUAAAAAUCAUAAAUAUUGCAAUAUGCAAUAAGUGCCUUAUUAGUUUACCUGUGUAUGACGUAAUAAAUCUUUUGUAAUCA